AUGACCGGGCUUGGCGCGAAUAAGCCGCAUGAAAGAUCGGAUGCAUCUUUCAGCCCGACCAACGCCAAGCGCGCCCGGACGCAACCAGAUAAUCAUGGCGACGAUUUCAGCACGACUUGCACCUACGAGCGAUUCCGAGGCGCGAGAUUCCCACCCGAAAUGGAGGCACUGGACCAAGUUGACGCCAUGCUCAUGACACUUGAAGAGGCCGUUAUGGAGGCGGCGAGGUCGGGCCAAGUAUCCUGGCUGCAGCAGCUCAUACUUGGCGAUGACGAGUGCAGUGAAGCACCGAGGGCUCUGGUGGUCGCUGCUGCUAACGGCCGCUUGGAGUGUGUCGACGCAUUGCUACGCGGAUACUUCACCCGUGAUCAAGGAGGAGGCCAGCGGUACUGGGAUCGCCACUGCCGCCCGAUCAUACGGGAAGCCGUCCAGACAGCGAGUGGCAAUGGCGAUCGCAGGAUUCUGCAGUUGUUGCUGCGUGAGGAAUUUUACUACUCCCGACUGGACGCCGCCAUAGCUGCUUGGGAGGCCCUUGACGACGCGGCCGCCAGUGGAAAUCUCGACAUGGUCCGAUUCGUGGUUGAGCAUAUGAAGAAGCACCGUUAUACGACCCAUAUACUUUCAAUCGCUCGCCCCAUAUCCGGGGGACACUUGAGCGUAGUGGAGUUUUUGCUUGGGCUGGACGCGCCUUUCAUGUUGGACCUGGUCGAAGCCUUUGCUGCGGCAGUGGACGCAGGACAAACAGCCCUUGCCAACCGGAUUCUCGGCAUCUACUACGCCCAAACCGUCGGGUCGGAUAUGCCUCUGCUGGUCAAACUUGCCUCGAGAAAGUCUACGAACGCCGUGAAGUAUUUGUACGACCGUGGAGACAACCAGCCUCAGCUGGUCAGCAAGGCCUUUGAGCGUGCGGCCACGUUCGGGGAUAUUCGCAUCAUGGCGUUUCUAUUCAGUACCGAGCGCGUGUCCUCCGGCGCGUUCAACAGAGCGUUCGAGAGAUCCGUCACCGAAAAGAGUCCGGAAAUGCUGAAGUUCCUCUGCAGUAAGCAGCGCGCAACCCCGAGGUCGGUCAGCCGAGCGUUUAAGGCCUCCUGCAAGAGCGAGAUGGUCCAAUACUUGUACGAAAAUGUGGUCGUCUCGAGCGCGGCUGUCAUUGCUGCCUUCAAGAAAGCUGCCAGGUGCGGUGACACGUUGUCGCUCCGUUACACCAAGGACGAGAUUGCGAUCGUGAAGCUGCUGCAUAAGGACGACCGCAUCCCGGCCAAGGUCCUGGGGGAGGCGCUGGUCUCAGCAUCCAGGAAGAAUCAUUUGGAGCUGGUGGAAGUGCUGCGUGAUGACGCGCGGAUACCAGAGACGGAUGUCAUGGGGGCGCUGUACGAUGAGCAGCGCAUUGCGGUGGACGUGAUUGUUACAACCUCCAGGCAAGCGGCUUCGCGUGGCUGUAUCAAGAAAAUGAACGAGCUGCUCAAGCUUCUGCCAGCGACGUGGUUCACCAGCGCGGGCUGGGCACCGAGCUGGUUGCAAAAGAGGCGGUGA